GUCAACUGUCAGGGAGACUACUGAUAGCAACCGCAGCUCUUAUUGGGUCGAUCUUCAAUUUGUUGCUCAGGUUAUAAUCAUAGAAUUGCUCGUUUCCUGUCGCUUAUUAUUGUUCUAGGAAGAAGUUAAAAUGGCACAGAAAGGCACGAAUGUUUUCGGAAUCAUGAAGAACAUCUACAACAACGAAUAUCAAUGGGCCGUCGUUAAGAGUCUGGCAGUCUUCCUGGUGGGCGUGCGAAUAGCGCAGGAGUGCAUCGGGAUGGAGAUAAUGCCCGCGAUCGCGAGUCAAACGGCAUAAGUCGUGCAUCGUUUCACGAGCGCAACCCUUCCUCGAAAUUAUCCGGAAAUAAUUUUACAAUUUUUUUUUCUAGUUUUAUAGAGACGCAGUGUAGAGUGUUAGUCGCGGCCCAACUGGUUGGAACGCGAACAGUUGUGCGAAAUAAAAGUUUCAGAAUUAUUUCAAAACAUUAGCCUAAGUCGUAUCGCGUGCAGCCUCCGGCGUCCUGCAUUGUCCGUCCGAGGCUUUUCCUCGGCUGGGCAAUCACUGAACGUUUGUUUGGCAAAAUUCUAGAUGUUAACGAGAAAAUUGUUGACCAUGUGAUCUUGGUAGUGGCAAAUUUGAGAAAUAUAUGAACUUUGAAAACUUGUAAAAA